AUGUCCAACAGUACGAGUCAAAGCAUAGAGUAUAACAAUGCUGAUUCGUUCACAACGAGUGGUUUAGUACGAUUAAAAUUCAGCAUUUUGUUAGCACUGGAAAUUCCUUCAGUAGUCUGUAGUUUGUCGAUAUUUCUCUGUUUCAUUCGAUUAUCCGAACUACGAGCAAAACAACACAAUCACGUUGUCAUUUGUUUGUUAAUCAGUAAUUUUCUCACUGCAACAACCGAAAUACCUAUAUCUCUUACUUAUCUUUAUAAUAACGAAUUCAUUCCGCCAUCGAAUUCUCUCUGUUUUCUUUGGAUCUUUUCAAAUUACAUUGUAUUUGGUUCAAGUUUCUGGAUCAUGGUAACGGCAUCUAUUCAACGGUAUAUUCUCAUUUUUUACAAAUAUCGUCUUAAUACAAAAUUCAAACAUUACUUUCCUAUUGUCUUUCCACCGGCAUUUUUCACUCUAUGGUAUAUCAUUCUUAUUUGUUUCUAUCCAUGUCAACAACAAUUUGAUUACAGUCAAUUGUGGUGUUCCGGUGCGUGUUAUGGAUAUCAAGGGCUAAUCAGCAGUAUUGAUUGGAUUAUCAGUUCACUGAUGCCUGUUUUGAUCAUUGUUAUAACGAAUGUCGUAUUGAUUCUAAGUGUAGGUCAUCAAAAAUAUCGAAUGCAACGUGCACGCACGUGGCGUACUACGCGGAAGCUUGUGAUUCAACUUCUACCGAUUUCUUUUGUCUAUCUGAUCAUUUAUGUACCUGUGAAUGUUUUUGCAUUGAUUCGGCUCUGGUUCGAUCCAUCGUUCCUUCUGGAUUUCUAUAUGAAUAUAUUCGCAUAUUUUAAUUACUUUGGACCGUUAUUGAUGCCUUUUGUUUGUUUAAUGAGUAUGCCGGAAAUUACUGCACAAUUGAAGAAUUUGUAUUGUUUUAGUAAUCGAGUACAACCACAACGAAUACGGUUUACAGCAUCAGCACAGCGAGUUCCACAGCAGACAAAUUAA